AUGGCAAAAUACUUAUUUUUCUACUUAUCACUUGUUUUAUACUUUCAUGAAACGACAGCUAUAUUUUUCCCUCAACUUGGAUUCGGUUCCAUGAACUGCCAAUGCCAAAAUUCGUGUAGCUCUCCACCGGCACAACUUGGAUGUUUAUGUCCCCCGCCGAUGCCUUGUUAUCAACAACCUACUCAAAAUUACUACACUCAACCUCCUUCAGUGAUCUACCCUUCCUAUCAAAAUCAGCAACCACUACAACCGUCCUCAUCAUACUUGGCUAACAUUCCUCCAUUUAUGCAGUCAUAUCCACAACCUCCAUUGUUCACAACACCUCCUCCGCUGCCACAAGACAAUUCGAUUCUAAACUACCCAACUCCAUCUCAAACUUUCAUCCCUCAGCAAACACUGAAAACUUCAUAUUCGACAAGUUUUGGCUCGUUGGGCCCUCCUGCUCCGUCGGCAGAAAAACUGAACCUACAACCACCAGCUCUAAAACAAAAAGAAGAAACAAGUGAUCAACAAGUGAAUGAGAAAAAUUACGUUUUUGGAGCACAUCAGCCUUUAUCAGACAUAUUUUACGAGACCGGGGCUUCCGAGGCUGACAAUGAAAUUGACCAGAAUUAUUCUCCAAUUAUCACAACAACUGAGGCCGUAUACAGACCAAUCGAGACUACGGCAAAAAGAAAUUAUGAGACGUCAACUCACCGAACUUCGUCAAGCUCGAGAGCUACGAAACAAGAAUCACGAAGAUAUGAAACAGAGCUCAUGCGUGGCGAAGGAAACAGUGACAUCAGUUCGUCGGGAUACGGAUUUGAGAGUGCUUCAACUACAUCCGCUCCGAUACUUUUAGAGUUUUUGGAGCAACCAACAAAAUAUGAAAAUCGAAGUCCAAAUAACACUGAACUGGCUGAUGUCACAGCUUUUACACAGGAAGUUGAUGAGUUCUACAAAAGUUCAACAAGCAGUCCUGCACAAACAUUUGAGUAUGGAGCAGUUAGAGAUGCGAGGGACUCAACAGGAAAAGAUGAAACAUCAACUCCAAAGUUCCCAUUUGACCGAGAUGAAAACGUAAACAAAUGGACGAGUAAACGGAAAAUUCGAGAAAAAGAAGAAAUUAAUUCAAAAUGUAAUAAUCCGAUUCUAAAGGAUCUUAUGGAAAUGAAAAUGACAACGUCUCCUUCAAUAUCGAAACAAAUGAUUUAUUCAGCAGCAACCGAAAUGUGGAUGGGAAGGAAUGUGAAUGUGAUAUGUUCGAAACAUUCAUUUUCAUAUGUCGUUGUGACUUCUCCAAUUUUUUGUGAACACAGGAAAAAGGCGUUGACAUGCUUCGUUUUCUUUCAACCUUGAUUCAAACUUUGAUACUCUUUUUUUAUUGUUAGGGUGCUUUUUGAUAAUAAAUUAUUAUUUAUUCCA